AUGAUCGACAGGGCUCGGGCUCCGAACUGUUCUACCCCGCCGUCAACUCCUGAGCCGGCAAGCAUUACAGAUUCCUACUCAGUCAGCAGAAACAGACACCGGCCUCAAACUACAAAGAAUCUUAAAGCUGUUGUGCAACACAAUAACACUACAGCCUAUUAUCAGCCUUCUUACGGUCGAAAUAGACCGCAAAGAACUAUCCCUCCUCCGGGGUGCACUGCUCGUUUAGAACCCAAUGCCCACCAUGUCAAUCCAACCCCAAAUCCAUCAGGAAACCGAAACAUUAAAAAGGCUCAAACUGAAACGCAAAACACUAUCACUACGGCCUAUUACCAGCCUUCUUACGGCCGUAAUAGGCCAGAAAGAACAAUCCCUCCACCAGUAUAUACCAAUACCGUUGGCCCGACGUCCACCAGACAGCUACAAAAGCCAAAGCUUGCUAUAUCAAACGCUUCAAACACCAUCACUGCUGGUGCCGAUAUGAGGCCACAAGUUAGAAAUGCAUAUUAUCAGCCCUCCUACGGCCGCAAUAGGCCAGAAAGAACUAUAAUGCCGCUCACACAGGGGAAUAACACCGGCAACAUCGGUCCAUUUUCCAGUGCGCUUCAUACAGGGACGCGGCCGCCAUCCAGAGAUGGUCCAUUAUCCAUACAUAGUUCAUCAUCCAAAGAUUUAUCGCCGCCGGUUGAGUUUGGCCUAUCGCCAUAUUCCACAGAUGGUCCAAUGCAUUCAAGGGACGUCGCACCACUAUCAGAAGUUGAGGAAUCUCUAGAAAGUCAAAUCACUCCAACUUUAUCUUUGAUUCCCAUCUCAGCUCAAGAAUCGAUUGCCGCUCUGACCCCAACUCCAAUGUGGGCUCUAAAUCAGACCCCAACUCGAGGCCGAGCUCAGGCCCUGGCUCCUGGCCUGGCUAUAACUGCAGAUCCGCCAGCAAAGCUGCAUGCAUAUAAACGUGUUUUGGCUGGAGUUGUGGGCAAAUUUGAAUCGAAAAAUACUGCAGAAAAUUGA